AACACAUGUACAGAAGUCAACAAUCUCCUGAUAAGCCCAACUACUGUUGAUCCUACCACAGUAGAACCACUUACUUUACUGCAAGACAACGAAGCAACGUCAAUCGUCUCUGAGACGGACACUAAGCCCCCGAAUACAGUUGCCUCUAAUCGCUCACCGCCUCGCGAAGUGUCCCUCGCGGCAUCGUGAUCGAUGAGGAGCAGCUGUAAUUGCAGCCUAUGACAGGCAUCGUGGUGCUCGCUAUCGCUAACGUAUAUGAGUGCGUUUUCGCUGUAGGCCAAGCCUGUGAGCAAGCUCUCCAUUUGGGGGAGUCGCGAGAAGUCACGCGAGAGCCGCACGCAAAAGGAGACGGGAGAGAGAAGGGCUUCCCCGCUCGCUCCCGCGUUCUCACGCAGCUCGCUUCACUCGCCAUAUAAGGGAGUUUAAGCAGCGACGUUUUUGAGCGACGCGCGUUAACCGGAAGUGAGCCUUUUUCUCUUUUAAAUUACCUUGACGCUACCAAUUUUCUUUGCUUUUAUAGAGACGAUUUGCUCAAAAGUAUGUUCAAAAUCACGGCUCAUGCGUCGCUCAAAAACGUCGCUGCUUAACACACCUAUUAGAAAAUUAGAGCACCUGCUCGCAGGCUACUGUAUGCCUGACAAUUUCGACUUGUGACUCACAUUGACCAUUCUUAUUCAAUGUCAUUUUAAUUUCUUAAUUGCAUCUCUAGUAGUUAUUAUUUCUGAUUUUGCUGCAGAGUGGAUCUUGAAAGAGAUUUAGAAGAAUAUGAAAAAGAGCAGCAAAUUAAUGCGCAGUAUGUAGAGGAAUUUGCAAUGCUGACUAGUGAAAAGGUAUGUUAAGUGUUAAAGCGUUUUGACCGGCCAGAGAAGUUUUAGGCUAGAGACGUCUAUCUUCUGACCGGUCAAAAUGUUAAAAAUAACACGAUGGUAACUUGCACGCACUAGCCUAAUAAGCAAAAACAUAAAGUGAAAAAAGAUGCUUGUUCUCUUGAAACCUUUUGGUGUUAAAUGGUUGUUUGUCCUUUAUAUGGGCAAACCGGUCGGUUCACGGUUUGGGCAAAUGGUAAGCAAAAUUCAGGGCUGGCAAAUUUCAUCCCGGAAUCGCGUUUACCAUUUGUGCAAAUCAGUUCCAUAGACCCGAAAACGGCCGCGAAAGCCUGGAACUGGUAUGAAAGAAGACUUUGAGGAAAUGGAACACGAAUUUCCGUUUGAAACAUUUCGACCGUGGAAACAGGACUACCUUUUCAAACGUUCCGUUGCUCCCGGAAAUUUUCCACUGAAACAACCUGACAAGUCGUGUUCCAUUUACUUUCUAACCGGAUUUUUGGGAAACUUUUUGUACGUGGUAAACAACCAGUGUGUGUGUGUGCGUGUGUUUUUCCAGGUGGCGUGUUAUUCGUGUCGGAUCAAAAUGACCGGCAAACCGAAAGUUUGUCCGGACAAGUGGUGGUGAUAUUGGUCAGACCGUUGACCGGCCGCAAUUUUGAGCUCUGCCAUAACAUUAUUUCAUCCUAACAUCGGUUGAAAACUCUCUGUAGUUUCUCAGGCAGUGAUUGUUAAUUAAUUGAUUUGUGGUUUACUUUCUUAUAGGAUAACCUUCUGCUGCUUCAUAAAAGCUUGAGGACACAGUUGGAAGCUAUGAAGCGUCAACAAGGCCGUCCAUUGAGCCAGUAUCGAUCAUGACGAUUAUGAAAGCAGUCAAGUCUUUCAGAAUUUAUAGACUAAUGUAUUUCCUGUACAUUAUACAUCGUGAACUGUAGACAGUUCUAUCAUUAUAUUGUUUUCUUCAGUUGUGAAGAAUUUCACAGUCUAGUGCUUAGUACCCUAAGUUAUUACACAGAGCCG